GGUCACCUCGCCGCCCUCCUCGCCCACCUAGGGACCGCCGAGGCCACCAGCACCGGCCCCGUGUCCUCCAGCGAGGUUGUCCCUGCGGGCUGGAACCUCUGCACCGUUGUCGGGGUGCUGCUGGGCUACCCGGCAGCGUACGCCUUCGCCAUGGAGGGGGGUGCUGAGAACUGCCUGGCGCUGACGCCACUGAGGGUGUUCACGGUCCAGGCCUCCUGCCCCAGGAUAAAGGACGGUCUCAGGGUCCAGAUCUAUUCCUUCAGCAUCCCGGAGAGCCUCUGCACGGAGCUGAAGGAGGUGCUGGAUGCCUGGUGUGAUGAGCUGAAGGAGGCCUUCAGCGCUCAGACUGACUUUGUAGAUCUCUGCAUUUCCAGCGAGGUGGUGUCUCUUCCAGCAGUUGCCUUGUAA